GUCGUGCGCCGCGGGUGGGCGGAGCCGUCGGUCUUCACACUGACGUACAUCAUCACCAGCGCGAGCUGUGCACGAGAACCACAGGAAUCCACACACAACCAUCACUUCUGCUAUAGAUCACUCAGUUGAACAGGAUUUAACCACUUGCCAGUAUUAUCCUAUAGCAUCAACAGGAAGAAAAAAAACACUGGAAAGACAAACCUUCACUAGAGUCAACAUCCAUCAUAUCUUCUCUUGAUGGACCUGAUGAUGUGAGAUGAUGGAGGCUUUCUGAAGUUCUGCUAUCACAGGAUCUUAAGGAAUAACGCGCGUCAAUAUGAACUCCAGAUUGAAAAAACAAUUAAAAGUGAAGGAGAAGUGAACGAGAAGACGAUUCCUGAUAGUGAGGGAACCCUCAAAGAUUUAUUUUAUUCAUUUUGCCUCACUCCGCACGCUGGACGCAUCCAUCAUCUGUAUUCAUGUAGGUGAUUUGUUCUUGGACAGCGUCGAGUGGAUUUAAAGCAUGGACGAUCAAAGGCAUUUAAUGCAGAGUCUGGGCGGUGUGACCCUCACUGGACACCCCAACACUGAUGGAGGAGGCACAAGAAACAAACACGAGAUUGGAGAUAUUCUACAUCAGAUCAUGACCAUCACCGACCAGAGCCUGGAUGAGGCUCAAGCAAAAAAGCAUGGACUGAACUGUCACAGAAUGAAGCCGGCUCUGUUCAGUGUGCUGUGUGAAAUUAAAGAGAAAACAGGUCUCAGUGUUCGCAGCGGUCAGGACGAGGAUCCACCCGACGCUCAGCUCAUGCGUCUGGAUAACAUGCUGCUGGCGGAGGGCGUGUCUGGACCGGAGAAAGGGAGCGGGGCAGCAGCGGUCACCGCGGCAACAGCAGCAUUGGGGGUCGGAGCCGAUAACUCCAUCGAACACUCGGACUACAGAGCCAAACUCACCCAGAUCAGACAGAUCUACCACACAGAACUGGAGAAAUAUGAGCAGGCAUGCAAUGAAUUUACCUCUCAUGUGAUGAACCUGUUGAGAGAGCAGUCUCGUACCCGUCCCGUCUCGCCCAAAGAGAUCGAGCGCAUGGUGAACAUCAUCCAUCGCAAGUUCAGCUCCAUCCAAAUGCAACUGAAGCAGAGCACGUGUGAGGCUGUCAUGAUCCUCAGAUCUCGAUUCCUUGACGCCAGGAGGAAACGGCGUAACUUCAGCAAGCAUGCGACAGAGAUUUUGAACGAGUAUUUUUAUUCUCAUCUCAGUAAUCCGUAUCCCAGCGAGGAGGCUAAAGAAGAGCUGGCUAAAAAGUGUGCCAUCACAGUUUCACAGGGGAAGGCAAAUAGCAUCACUGUGUCACAGGUGUCUAACUGGUUUGGUAAUAAACGUAUUCGCUAUAAGAAGAAUAUUGGUAAAUUUCAGGAAGAGGCGAAUCUCUACGCUGCUAAAACGGCAGUAACAGCAACCCAGGCCGUAGCAGCAGCCGUACAGAACAGUCAAACUAACUCACCAUCAACACCCGGCUCUGGAUUUCAGAUGAAAGAUGAAGAGUUUCAGUUGGAUACAGCAGAAGAUAAAACCCCUUUAUUAAACAGCAUGUUCACUGGUUCCUCAGGUUCAUAUGGAGAUGUAUUCAUGAAUCUGACCAGUCUGAAUGGAAACUCAUACCAGUCUGCCCAGCUCACCAGUACAGGACACACACAGGGAGACUCCAUACGUCACAGUAUCAGUCAGUCAUUGGGUUACAGUGAUGGUCUGCGGGGAAAUCCACUUUAUAGCCCUCAUGGAUUAAAUGGUAACGGUGGCUGGCAUGAUGCUGUGACUCCAUCUUCUGUAACAUCUCCUAUAGAAGGAACAAACAGUGUUCAUUCAGAUACAUCUAACUGAUGAUACAGGUUUAUACAGACUCAACAUCACAGCUUUUACAGUUCUUCAUUAACCUUGACCAGAUGAACAACAUCAUACCAAACUGAGCCCACAGUGACAUCAUCCGACUCAUCAUCAUAGAGACAAACACAUACCUGACAUGUUUUUAAUAUAUCUUCUUAUUAGACUGAAAGUUGGGGAUUUUUUACAUUUGUAUUCAUUUGACUGAACGAUUAAUGUUAUUCUUAAUAAAUGUAAUCUUAGUAAAUUGACACACGUGACAUUCAGUCAGACAUAUUUAUAAUCUAGAAACAAAACAAAUCUUCAGUUUCAGUCCUACAGUAUACACACGUGUGUGUCUGAAUCUCUCACAGUGUUAUUCAUAUCAAUUCAAGAGUAAAACUCUACUACUGUAUAAACCUGCAUUGUGGGUUUUAAAGAGUUAAAUAUUAAUCUGGAAAUGAAUGUGACCCUAUAGACCUUUUUUUUAAUUUACACAUCAUCUGAAAGCUAAAUAAAUAAGCUUUUCUAUUGA